AUGAGAUGCCAUGAGACUGGAAAUACCGUCUGGCAUUGUAAUAUUGAAUACAUGUUUGGCAUUGUUGGUAUUCCAGUCACUGAAAUUGCAAUUGCAGCCCAGGCAGCUGGAAUAAAAUAUGUGGGAAUGAGAAAUGAACAAGCUGCCUGUUAUGCUGCAUCUGCUGUUGGAUAUUUGACUGGCAGACCAGGGGUAUGUCUUAUAGUGUCCGGUCCAGGAUUUUUACAUGCCCUUGGUGGGAUGGCAAAUGCAACCAUUAACUGCUGGCCUUUGAUCGUUAUCGGAGGUUCUUCUGACAGAAACCAGGAAACCAUGGGAGCUUUCCAAGAAUUCCCACAGGUUGAAGCUGGUAGGCUGUACAACAAACUAUCUGUCCGCCCAAGCAGCCUGGAAGUUAUUCCUGCUGUCAUUGAAAAGGCUGUAAGAACCAGCAUAUAUGGUCGUCCAGGUUCCUGCUAUAUUGACAUACCUGGGGACUUUGUGAAUCUUCAGGUGAAUAAGAGCUCUGUCAAGUAUGUGGAAUGCUGCUUGCCACCUCCCAUCAGCAUGGCUGAACACUCUGCUGUAUCCAAAGCAGCCUCUAUCCUUGCUCUUUCCAAGCAGCCUCUGCUAAUCAUUGGCAAAGGUGCUGCUUAUUCACAUGCUGAAAACAACAUCAGAAAGUUGGUGGACCUUUGUGGACUGCCUUUUUUGCCUACGCCAAUGGCAAAAGGAGUAGUUCCUGAUAACCAUCCAAAUUGUGUAGCUGCAGCAAGAUCCAUGGCAUUACAACAUGCUGAUGUAAUCAUCUUGUUUGGUGCAAGAUUGAAUUGGAUUUUGCAUUUUGGUCUUCCACCAAGGUUUCGACAGGAUGUAAAGGUUAUUCAGAUUGAUAUUUGUGCAGAAGAGCUGGGGAAUAAUGUAAAGCCAGCUGCAAUUUUAUUAGGUGACAUAAACGCCGUGACUAAGCAGCUCUUAGAAGAAUUCAGCAAAAGAUCAUUCAAAUAUCCUUCUAAUUCAGAGUGGUGGAAGAGGCUAAGAGUGAAAAUAAAGAACAACGAGGAAAGAUCAAAGGGAUUAGCAUUACAGAAAUCCCUGCCUAUGAAUUAUUAUACAGUCUUUCAUCACAUCAGAGAAAUGAUACCCAAGGACUGCAUUUUAGUAAGUGAGGGAGCAAAUACCAUGGACAUUGGACGGACUAUGCUUCCAAAUUACUAUCCUCGUCAAAGGCUUGAUGCAGGUACUUUUGGAACUAUGGGAGUGGGGCUGGGUUUUGCUAUAGCAGCUGCAAUGGUAGCCAAAGACCGAGCACCUGGAAAACAAGUCGUCUGCAUAGAAGGAGAUAGUGCUUUUGGAUUUUCUGGGAUGGAGGUGGAGACUAUUUGCAGGUACAGUUUGCCAAUCCUGAUUAUCAUAGUAAACAACAAUGGGAUUUACACUGGUUUGGAUGCAAAUUCCUGGAAGGAGAUGUUAAAGUUGGGCAAUCCUGCUACAUGUGUACCUCCUGUUUCCCUCCUGCCAAAUUCACACUAUGAAGAAAUUAUGUCUGCCUUUGGAGGUAAAGGAUACUUUGUUAAAACACCAGAAGAACUGCGGAAUGCUCUGAAAGCAAGCGUGACUGACAAGCAAACACCUUCUCUUAUAAAUGUGAUGAUUGAUCCGCAAUCCGACAGAAAGAAACAGGAAUUUCCCUGGCUGACUCGUUCUAACCUGUAGUAGAAGAGAAAGAUGAUGAUGGUGCAAGGCAAUACAUUAAACUAAACUGAACUGGUUUCUGGAAGUGGAACUGGUACAACUGUAUUUUACAUGGGCAUUGGAACGAAGUGGGAUUUAGAACUGCUAUUAGAGGAAUCUUUAAAUGCUAAAAUGAGCUAAUUGUAUAAUGAGAAAGACACAUAUGAAUGUAUAACAGGCCUUCUGGCAUAUUGUACAGAAACACUGAUAAUAAAAUUACAUAGUUUUUCUUUUACUCAGUAAUACCCAUCAUUUUUGAAUUAAAAUCUUGGAUGUUCUGAAUGAACAGAAUAAGCUGAGGGUUUUAUGCUGACUGAAACAUGGAAGUCUUUGACAGUUUGCAGCUAUAGUAGCUUCAUUUUUAACCAACCACCAACAUGAUACUUGUUAGAGACUUUGUCCUCUAAGGACCAAAACAAAGCAUCUUCUUAUGCAAAAGUCUUGCUUGCUCUCAUUAUGUGUCGAAACUCAUUGCACUGAUAUUAGCUUCCUAAUUUUACAGAUGCUUUUUCAGCUUCUAUUAAAUGUAGAAGUAGUGUAUUAAAAAUCCAGACUUACUCAAGGGCUAAACUUCUGUCUACUGAAUUUGGUUUUGUUAACUGAGACUUACGGUGCUUGUUGGAAAAUAACAUCUUAGAUUUUUGUUUGAAGCUUUGCUCUUCACACAGACACCAUCAUCCCUGUAGGUUGAAAAGCUGGCUGUGAGAUUAGUGAGAUUUUCAGGAUUAAUAGAUUAUAAAUCUUUAUAACUAGAAGUAUUUAAACAAAAAACAUUACCACCACCCUCAAAACAACAACAACAAAAAACCACCAAAAAUGUCCCAAACCAAACCAAAAUUUAAAAAAAAUCCCUCACCAGAGCAGCAACACCAGAAAAGAAUUAGACUGAAGCAUAAUGUUUGUUUUUACUGGCAUCACAAAGCAACCACCAGUGUUCAUGCUACAGCUGGCUAAUUAUGCAAUAAAGGUUCUUCAUAUAAUUUUCUCACUGUAUAAAAAUCCAAUGUCCAUCUUACACUGACUGUGAUGCAGAGGCAUCGCAGCGUAAUUUACUGAGACAUUAAUUUAAAGCAGAUAAUUGGCCUACCUAUGGUUCUAUCUACUGUGUUUUCAUCUGUUGUUGCAUCUGACAAUCAGACUCAGAGCUCAGACUUUAAAAGUGAAGUAAUUCUUUCUCUAUGCCUCUGUCAUGGUCUACACCAACUGCUAUUCAGGAGUACUAAGCACUUAUAUUUACACUGUUCUUAAAUGCACUGGGAGACUCUUCGUUGUUACAUUUGCAAAAGGGAAAAUUCUGUCUCGAAUUGGGUUUUGAUUGCCUUGUUUUCUGUUAUUCCAUUGACAAUAAGUGUUAGUUAACUAGUGGAAGGCACUUGGAUGACCAAGGAAGAAGAGGGCUGUGCUGGAAGGGGAUCAUGGCCUCCAUGUAAGUUUGUUGCAAGGGCUUCACUUGUUGGUUUUUGCACUUCGGUCUGGGACUGCCACGAGGCCAUGGGUUACUGUUAGGCAGGAACGUCUCUGCACACUAACACAGGAAGCUAAUAUCUGACAUGAGCAAGAGUACCACGGUCUGACCAGAGGCACCACUGCCUGUUACGUGUGUGGGAAUUGGGAACAGCCACGUGGCACUAUGAAUGCUUGAGUCAAGAAAGGUAAUGUCCUUAGGAAGGGUAAAAAAGUGCAAAGGGAUAAAACCCUAGAGUGGAUAUAACUCACAAAUGGAUAUAACUCUGCUGAGAUGCAGAGUUGCUGUGUUCUCUAGAGUACUCUGCAAGGAAUGUGGAACGAUGUUGGAUCUUGUCAUUGAUUUUUUUUAAUUCUUUGUUUUGUCUCUCAUGGAUUUUGAUAUGUUGCAGUGAUUAAACACAAUCUAUUAUGAUGGUGUAAA